CCCACUUCCAAUGCGGAACGUUUCUCGCGCGUCCCUUGUACCCCGCGUCAGGUUUACAGUGACGGACCUUGCUUGGGAUGGGACGGAAAGGAAGAUUUUCCAUGACAAUAGCCAAACAAAGCACCGGGUGACACUCAGACCGUAAAGCAGAGACCCCCGGACACAGGGCGAGAGUCACGGCUGGUUACUGAGGGUGUCCCAUGCUAUAGAGCCCCGGAUCCCCUGCUCACAGCGUGCUGUUACCGAGGGCCCCUGCCAUGGCUGCCCCUGAGGUGCUGGAGGAGUUCAGCUCCGGAGAGGUCUGCUCGGGGGGCUGCGGGGACAUCGCAGAUUUCCUCCAGGAGGAGAAGGCGGAGGAUGAGCUCAGGGUGACGUUUGAGCAGGCGGCCCAGCACGCACAGAAACUAGCCCACGUGGCCAGCACAGAGCAGCUCCUUUACCUGUAUGCCAGGUACAAGCAGGUAAUCAGGGAGGGCAGGCUGGCUGGCAGUGCUGGGAGCGGGGGGAGGGUGGGUAACUCCUAGCCACUUACAGCCCACCAGGGAUUGUAGGAAUCAUUGCCCAAGCCCUGAAAUGGGCACUGCAUGAUUUGUGGGGUAUUUGUUCCCUGCAUACUGAAAUAGUUGAUGUGAAUUACUUAAUCAUAUUUUCCCCAUCCCAUUUAUGUGUUUUUAAUGCUUAAAGGGAUAUACUUCAUCCUAUUGAAAUGGUUAUGGUGCAAAGACCACUUUAGGGUGGACAACUGUUAUCAAACUGAUAUAAUAGGCCUUUAACCCCUUAAGGACCAAACUUGUCAUACGUCCUUAAGGGGUUAAAGCACUGUCAGUCGGUGAGCUACGAAUUUUAGCUCUUGGCACACACAGUGCUGCGCAAAAGGCUUUACAGGGCAUGGAAGGACUUCCACACACACACUACUCUCAGGGAGUGAGCACAAUUCAUUUGUAAUGAUUAUUGCUGAGUGUGCGCAAUCCCUUGCAGCAACAAACAUCACAUGUGGACAUGCAAGCACUCACUCCCAUGGAGCAGCUUCUGCAAUUUUCCAAAUCAGGAGUGACGUAACUCUUUGGUAUGCAAAAUUAGAAACUGUGCUUUAAAGGAGCUGUAUGGGUGCCAUAACUCUUGACUGGAAGCAUGUUUGAGCAGGGUCUUCAUCAACAUACUGUUCACGUAACACUUUGCAUUUUUCUCAUUUAUUGUUAAAUAUUGGUAAAUUUCCCCCUCAUUUAAUAUUAUUAAGUGCUGCGGGAUAUGUUGGCGCUAUAUAAAUGCACAAAAUAAUACUAAUUAUUACUUAAUUGAAACGUACAAUUUUUAUGAAUGGGGAAGUACUGAUUGGCUCUUAGAGUGUCAAAUCGCCACUCUAAACCAAUCAGCAGCGCCUCUGUCUGGUGACGCUCCAUGCUUUCUGAAACAGCACUGAAGAAACUGGAUGUCAAUGGGGACCGGGAGAUACUGCACUUGAGAGCAACCUUCGGAGUUAAACUGUUCGAAUGCAGCAGAAUCAAUGAAUUCACACCCCAAAUAUGACACCUAAGACUGAAAUGCCAUAUUUAGGCCAGAGGGUUUAUUUAUUUUGCUGUCUUUCAAUGCUGGCUGUAUAUUUAAGAUUUCCUUAUCUGUGGUUUAUGACACCAAGAAUGCAUUUCUAAUAUAGAGGAUUUGUUGCUGCUUGUUUUGCAAACAUCUGUUACAUUCUAUGCUGAAAAUAAUUUUGGACAUGUGGUGUCUCUUGAUUAGAACAUUGUGGCAUGGUUUUGUAGAAUAGACUAUUGCUGUGUUUUGGUAUUUUUUUUUAAUUUUUUUUUUUAAAGGGGCUCUUUAGAAAGUUAGGUUCUCUCAUAGGUGAAAAUGACCAAUUUAUGUAUUUGUAACGUUUGCUUGUGUAAUAAAAUAAUUUAUUCCAGGUAAGAAGUCAAAUCGUGAACAAACAGAAGCACUACUUGCAUAUUUUGCAGCACUUUACAAUAUCUGGCAAAUAAUUGACAUACAAAAUAUUACUGACAGAGCCAAAAGGCGAAGAAGGACAUACACAAAUUAAAUUUCUUCUGUAGGAUUCCAUUGUCACACUUUAUUAUAUAGUGUAUCAGGUUGAUCAUUUGCAGUUAGUAGUGUCCAUUUAUUCCUUUUUAGUUUGCCUGUAGAUUUUGGAUAUUUGGAUUUCAUAUGUUUUAUUGUUUGUUUUCAGGUGAAAGCGGGAAGGUGCACAACUGCCAAACCUGGAUUCUUUGACUAUGAAGGGAAGAAAAAAUGGUAAGAUAAGAGGAGUUGAAGUGUUUCACUUAUUGCAAAGUAAAGCAGUUACUUUUCAUAAUUUGCAAAGACCCCCAACAUUGACUUUUUCCCUGUAGUAAUCACUAGUGACGGCAGAGUGAAAUUACAAAACAUGACAGCGGUGUAGCUUUGCAUUUUGUACUAACAUAAAGUAGUCCCUACUUUGUCUCAGUAUAUCUUUUGACUGCAUUGGAAUUUCAGUGAAAUUCCAACACCGUCAAUGUGAAUAUUUUAUCAAGAUUUUUGGAGAGGGCCAUGAAAAUGCUGCUUUAAAGCGUCUGUCACUUUUGUUUUUUUUUUUCCUAUUUAAAUGUCCAAAAUCUUGCCCCCUUUUAAAGAAAAAAAAAAGUUAUGAAUUAGGAAAAAUAGGGACAAGAUUUCUUUAAGCAGCUUGACAAAAGAUGACAAUGAGUUGAGCUUUAGUUAAUUUAGUAAACCUCCAAGGCCCUUGUCAACUUUCUUAUUGUUUUUUUAACCUGUACUGACUUCCUUUGUUGCGUCACUUCUGGGAGCAGCAUGUUAUGGAUCCUCAGUGUUGAUAUUUGUGCGGUUGUACGUGUCAACACAGGAGGUAUGUGUGUCAAAUGACACACAUACCCAAGAAAGGGCAGAAGAUGCAAUAUCCAUCAGCAUGUUAGAUGGCACACUGAAUGAAGACCUAGAGAGACUGGCACAACUUUGGAAAAGGUAGAUUGCACUGGUGCCGGGUUCAGAAAUGAAUAGGUGGAUGGUCAGAAUGGCAUCAGUUGAAAUUCAAAUCGAAUUAAAGCUGCACUGUCACCCCACCACCCACAAAAUAUAUGUUUCAUAAAGACAAAAUCUUUUUGAAAAACUCAUAUUGACUGUGUUCGAAUUUCACUGAAAUUCCAAUACUCAAAAUAUAUAUACUGAGACAAAGUAGGGGCUACUUUGUCUCGGUAUUUUUCCUGUCCGGAAGAAGAUGGCAGCGCCCACGAGGCUUGUAAAUUAUAUGAAUUUGUAUAUUUAUUGCACACCAGAUUGACCCUGACUAGAAAUCUUGGUGCCAAAUAAUUUGUGGUUUGACCAACUACAAUACAUCUUCUCUCAACGCACAUGGAACAUUGCUGUUGUGCAUCACUUGCAUAUCUCACUUUGGACUGUGGAAAGUCUACCUUGGGCACAGAAAUUCCCAAGAAGUUAUGUUUCCUCAACUAUCCUAGCUUGACCCUGUUUUAAAACCAGGGUGUAAUCUGAGACACAUUGUCUGUCUGUACUCCUUUCCACAUCAAGCGGGAAAUUCUGGGAUAGUUGUGGAAACGUGAUUUCUCAGUUUCUGUGCACAAGUCUUUCUAAAGUCCAACUUGUGAUUUGCAGGUGAUCCACAAUAGUAACUCGGAAUCUCUAUAAUUAUAUAUUGUUUUCAUAACCUUUUAUCCUUUCAAUGUUAGCUGUCAAUGUACAGCGCAAAUGUCUGAUUCAGGGCUUACUGUGUAAUAUUAUCAAGUGAUCAUUUUCACAAAUUGUUAGGCACUGCAAAUUUGAGACAUCUUAUCUGGCCUGGUAAAAUUUGUAUAAUCCACAGUGGAAAAAUGAAAUUUCAGGAAACUUUUGAAGCAGUGGAAGACUUUUUAUUUACUUUUUUUAUUGUAGUAGAAAAAGAUUUACACUGAGCAAACCUUAUUGUUUACACCCUAUCGAGCGAUGCCACCAUUUAUCAUUAUCCCCUUUCUCUCCUUAGGGAAGCAUGGAAAGCUUUGGGUGACUGUAGCCGUCAGCAGGCCAUGCAUGAUUAUGUCAGCGCCGUGAAAAAGCUGGAUCCUGACUGGGUCCCAAAGGUAUGAAGAUACAUUUCUAACAUUAAUCUUUCAUUGCUUGUAAAAAAUAACCACUUCAGGUACAUGGUUACACUGCACAUUUAAGGUUGUGAAAAAAUAUGCUGUAGUGAUUAUUCACUAAAUAAUUAACAAACUAGUGAAAAUUUAGUCACGGCUGUUUUAGUCUAAAGUUUUCAAAUCAGCUUUCCGUUAACUGCAUUUCAGUGUCAAGUGAACAAACUUUUAUAUGUCAAAUGCAUGUUCAUAGUUGUCUUUGUCUUGCAAAGAAAAAAAAAAACUGCAGCAUAACACCUCCCAAAAGAAAAUCAGAUCAAAACUAAAACUGGUUAGGUAACUUUAUUCCACUGAUUUUAUAAAUUCAGUGCUGCGUGUGCCAGAGAAUUGCGGCCACAAGUAAUGGAAGCAACCAAAUGGAGAAUUUACCUUUUUUUUUUUUUCAAUUUCAUCAAAUUUGUCACGAUGGAGAGAUAUCAAUGUUACCAUUGUGACGGACCGCCUGGCACCCUGACUGGGUACCUCUGUCAAGCUUGCUUCCUAGCUCUCCUAUGGACACCAGUAGUGCUUCAGCCCCUAGCUGCUGCAGCUUGGCUGGCGUCUCUCCGUCGCUUCUCGCCCUGGAACAGGGUCCUGGGUACAGCUUCAAGUGAUUUAAGCUCUCCUGCAGGGAGUAUAGCUGAUCCACCCAAACACUAACCCAGACUGAGUGAAGGAUGAAAAGGAACUGCUUCAUUAUGGCCAAGUUGCCUGCUUACAUACACAACACCCAGCACGGGGUCUCCACACAGUACAAUGCAAGCCCCUCCCUAAGAUCUCUGUGCCUUGGAGAUAAUUGCGUUAAAGACCGGUAAGCUAAUUAUCUCCCAGGAACAGAGAGGCAAACACAAAAAUAUAAAACACAAAAAAUACCCCAAAACAGCAUACAAAUAUGCAAUAACCCCACAAAUAAUACAUCCCCAAAUAGCCCUGAUCUGAGCGCCCAAAUUCUCCACAUAGCGCUGAGAUCCAUGCAAUGCAGGGGAAACGCCACGUGUCAAAGUUCUGCUUUGGCUGGUCAACUUUCGGGAGCUCCUGUGUCCGAAAUAUGGGGUGCUCCGCUGGCUCUUAGAUGGCUUUUGUGCCACUUAGUCUCGCGCACCUUCACUACAAAAAGAGCUCUCGUGUCAGUUGCAAAGUCGUUCAAAACCCCAGACCAAGUUGUCUGGGAACCACACGGUCACCUCAUGCCGAAAACAGUUCCAUAACAUUCGUGGCUAAGUACCGCUGAGGACAAUUCAGGGUUUAUUCAUGCGAACAGCCGCCAGGGAGCUAGUGUUCGGUUCUGUUCGAAUGAAGGGAAAGUGCCGAACCAGGGACACCCAAGGAGAGCUGCUAAUGGCGGCUGGGGAGGCUAACUGCCGAGCGGGGUCUCAGACCUGGACUAUAGUCGGUGUGCAGGAGGCCAGCUUCCACACUCCUCCAAGAGUUUGUGGCAAACAUGCAUUGUAAAGAGCGUUUAUCACAACUAUGUUCUUGCAUAGAAAAACUGUGGUCUGUUAAUGCACCUAGCCCGUGCACUUUAUGAAUACUCAAAGACUGGGAUACAGCUGAUAUAGUAAAAAAAAGAACAUGGUGUAAUACAGUUAAGUAUAAACACACACCCUGCUAAAAUUGCACUCAGAAGAGUUAUAGAUCGAAAGGGUGCCUCCCCUGAUGUAGGUGGGUGUCUAUGAUCCCCUUCUUUAGUCUGUAUUCACCACUUGUAAAUCAGGAAUCAUCCAGGACUCUGAGUAGUAGGUAACUUAAGCAGCUUUUAUCAUGACAAUAAAAUUUAUAAAGACAAAAUAGUAUGGUCCUAAGCGUUUUGUCUCAAAAAUGGGACUUCCUCGGGGACUGUAAGAGUUGAAACCGUAACAACAUAGCCCACCACCUACAUCGGGGGAGGCACCCUUGGAGCGCUUUCAAUCUAUAACUCUUGUGAGUGCAAUCUUAGCAGUGUGUGUGUUUAUGCAUAACUGUAUUACACUAGGUUCUGUUUAUUUUUUUGUUUUUACAUUAUAUCCGCUGAAUCCCAGUCUAUUUUGUGUAUAUAUUGGUUGUGUAAAGAUCACUAUCUAGGAAGUGAUCUGCGUGAAGCUGUUCAUAUUUAGAGAUAAGUAUAACUCACAUUGUGGAAUAGUGGUGAAAGUUUUAGUUUGUGUUUGUAUACUGUCUGAAUACGGUAAGGUCUGUUCACUCAGCUUUCGUUUAGUUGUUCAGUUGUUUCAACCACAGGGUUGGAACAUGAAUAUGAUGGCUAGAGCAGAGAGGGAGUCUGAAAAGGAGCAUGAUGUAUGUCUGGAAAUAAGGAGCAACAAAUUAUGCUCUGAUAGGAUAUAUUUCAGAUAUGAGCUACUAAUUCUGUUUGAACUCCUGUGUGAGGACUUGGAUUCACUAUCACAUGAUAAAAACAUUUUAGUAAAAUAAUAAUUUUUUUCUUAAGAAGAUCUUUAAUAAGAUUGUACAAUAAAUGUAUCCACACACACCUCCAGCUUGUCUGGUAUGCACCUCCUUUAUACACCCCCCUUGCCCUCACUUUCCAUGCUGCUCCACACUGUGGAGCUAUUUAUUUAAUAUUUAAUGGGGACUCUAAUUAUAAUGAAAAGGGGAGGGACAAAAGGAAGAUGGUAAGAGGGAUAAAUUAUUAACAAUGUGACUUAAUUACCCUCUCUAAGCCAUUGGCAGUGGGUCAGGGCUCUAAUUAAAUAUACAAGUGGGUGGACAUACCAUUGCCAUGAAGGCUCAGCGUAGACUGAGCUUGCUUAUUGGGAAAAGCCCUUAUAAUGGCUUUCCCAAGCUGUGCCAUUUGUCAGAGCUCGUAAACAACCAAUCAGAGAGCUCUGGUAGGCAAGUCUUGCAUGUGUCGCGACUUGUGUGGAAAAGUUAUUCAUUUAAAUUGAAGCCCCACCCUAUAUCCCUCGUGUAAGUUUCUCGCUGUUUAGCAGACUUGCUCCCUUUGGCGGCAAGAGGGAGAUGUAUAACCUCCGUUGUACUAAAGUGGAGAUCUUACUGACCCCCAUCGGGGCUUUUAAAACAAAAUUUAAACUAAUUGCCUGGCUGGCUUCUCAACAACUUUUGGUUGUCAUUAUUUUCAAGGCCAUUUGUUGAGAAUUAUAUCUUGAAAAAUGUUAUUGAAUCAUCGAUUCCAAUAAUAUUAAUAAAAAUUAUGUUCUUCAAUUUAAAUAUUAUUAGCAUCAAUAUUGAAUGGCAGAAUGUAGACUUGGGAAAACAGUAAAAGUAAAAUACUAAUAUAAAAUAUAGAGACCAAUAUAAACAGAAAUAGCAGUGUGGGUAAAAAAAAUAUCCCCUUCUUAGUUUUAAGAUUAGAAUGGCCUGAGCCAUGAACAUUUUUAAAAUUCCUUACAGCAUUUGCUUCUGUUGCCUCCGCUAGGAAGCUGUUCUUUUAAUCCUUUACUUAGAUCAUUUCUGUUGUCUGGCAAGGUUCAAAUGUAUAGCCUUUGCAUGCCUGAUCUUCUUAACUUGCACCACCUCAUAAGUCCUCUAGGUGCUGCUCCAAGGCCAUCCAAAUACAUUACCACUGUAUGAGCACACUUUGCUUACUACUUGCUGUGUUAUGCUUUGUUUUGCCUGCAGGGGGCUGUAUAACAUCCUUUUUAAUACUUUGAUAUAAUCCCUUCCAGCUUUCUGUCGUACAUUCUCUUUAACAAUACUCUUGAGUCUCUCAUUUGAGUGAUAGAUGUUGACAUUGAUGCUCCUGUAUUUAUUUGCUGAAUAUUUUGUCAUCCAAAACUGUAUUUAUAUUUGUGUGUAUAUGUAUGUAUAAGUAGAGAUCGUAUGUAUGUAUACACACAUGUAUGUCCGUGCAUUCUCUAAGUGCUUUACAGUUGUCAGCUACCACAACUUGUUGCUUAUUGACAUUCGUAUUAGUGUCUUUAAUUAAAAAUAAAUGUAUUUUAGUAUAGAAGGGUAAAUAAUUAUCUAUUUUGUCUUCAGUAUCUUAGACAAGCAGAGUUGAAUCAUCCUUUGAUUCUUCCGAUGUUGAUAAAAGAUACAAUGGUGAUAGCAUAUAAAUAGGAUAUAUAUAUAUAUAUAUAUAUAUAUAUAUAUAUAUACAAAAACAAUGAAAGCUUAAUGUGUCCAUUGUUAAAUUAUUCACUAUCACUUUUAAUCACCAUCACCUACACUAUUGCAUUUAAUAUAUACUGUUGGUAAAAUGCCUUUCAUUGGUUGGCAGCCCUGCAUUACAGUAUAGAGGAUGUACAGUAAAUGAAUAAGAUUCAGACAGUAUUGUUUGUUUUUACAUAUUGUACUUCACUGUGGACUUAGUUGUGUGGGUGUUGUAUGGUCAAAAUGUAUUAUCCUAAAAAUACCAUGUUUGGCAUUCCUCCACUUAAUCGAGGAUCUGCUCGUACAGACUUGAUUUGUACACCUAAGACGCUUCUUUCUUUUGAUAUCAAAGCAUCAGAAUCAAAUGCUUGCAGACCACCCGGUGGUAAAGGUAUUUUGUACUAUGUUCAAGAGAUCAAUAAAAUACAUUUCUCAAAAGUUCCAUAUAUUUAUACAACAAGCAAUCGUUCCAGUGUUAAUCAAGCAAAAUAGAAAUAUAUUAAGCAUGUUGGAGCUUAUUACUCCCUACCCCAAAAUUAAAACCCCAAACCCUCUGGAGUUGGUGACGGACCAUAGCAUUGAAUUUACUGCUCCCAUGAUUGAUCUUACUCUUCCACUAAUUAUUUUUUAACGUCAGCUGUCUUUGCCAGUGUACAAAACAUGAGUGUGCAAAAGUAAAAUGCUAAUCUGAAUUCAGCUUCAAGUUCAGUGUUCAAUUUUAUUAAACUUGUAUAAAAACCAUUUGUUGGUGCCAUUGGUCUAUGCUAUAUCAACUGCUGUAGGGUGCUUUAGCUGAAUGUUAGUGAUUCAUUCAGGCAGUGAUGCUUUAAUGAAAUUUGAGGUGGGAGGAGUAAUGUUUUCACAAAAUAAUUUACACCAGACUCUUUACAAAGCGACAGCCUCCAACUUCUCCUGGAAGAAAAUUGACAUGAACAUACUAUAAACUACUAGCUGACCACUGGCCGUUUUUUUUUUUUUUUUUUUUAAUGUUUACCUGCUCCUUCUUUAAUAUGGUACUAAUGCAUUGUGGGGCACAGUUGUCUUGGGGCUUUGCUGUCACUUUAAAAUUACAUGUCAUCCAAACUGCUAUAACGUAAAUUUUAUAACGUAGAGCACAGGCCUGCCCUACAGGAGUCUGAACCGACCUAUUAUAAGAAAUUUGUUGCACUACAUGAUAUUUCAUAUAUUUUGGCCUGUGGGUAAUGGUUACAUAGGUUAGAAGAAAUUAAAAUCUUUUUAGAACAUACAUCUAUCAAUUUAUGAUGAGUUCUAUCCCAUUUGAAAUCAGUGUCUCCCUUUUUUUUUUUUUUCUUCUCCCUUUUAUAUUUGUAUUUAUUUCACAUUAGUUCCACUGUGCAGAGAAACUCCACAAUCUUUAUUCUAUGCUUCUUGUUUGCAAAUGUAUUAUUUACACAGUAGGUAUCGGUAGACUGGAUGUAAUAAGAUCCUGUGAAAACAUUAUGUAAUCAUGGCAAGUGGUUUUCGAAUAUGCCAAGAAUUAUUGUAUAAUCGUUAAAGCGAUACUCCAGGCACCCAGACCACUUCUGCCCAUUGGAGUGGUCUGGGUGCCAACUCCCACUACCCUUAACCCUGCAACUGUAAUUAUUGCAGUUUUCAUAAACUGCAAUAAUUACCUUGCAGGGUUAACUCCUUCAUUAGUGGCAUUUUCAAUGCUUUACUAUGGAGAGCUCUAAUGCACAUGCGCGGCAUUGCCGCGCAUGCGCAUUAGGUCUCCUCAGCCGGCAGGCAGGAUCAGUCUCCCCUGCCAGCUGACGUAAUGAAGAGGAGGGGCGGCGGCCCCUUCAGCAACCGGGGAUGGGUGGUGGGAGGGAGAAGGGACCUGCAUUCCUGGCACUUGAGAGUCCCUUUAACAUUCACAGUUAUGUACUCAGAAUGAUUUUGUUUCAUUCUAGUGGAGUGGAUCUGUGGCAAUUUGCAGUUUACUGGAUGUGUGGUGCCAUUAAAGGCACGUGGGCUAUAUAAACCAUUUUAGUGUUAGGGGUAAUCAAAAAAAAAUGUAAAACUCUAAAAAGCUAUAAUUAAUGACAAAAUCAACAAAUUGUGCUUUAUGCAUAUUCCUUGUAAGUCCGCAAGUGUAGAAAGUUUUGUAGGGGAGCUUUUUAUUACUGUUUUGGGACACCUGUUAACAUGCAUGACAUCAGAUACAAAUCCCUCCCAGCAGCUCGAAUGCAUGCUUGCUCUUUAAAUAUAAUGUCACAACCUAGCCGUGCUUUGACCCUUAAAAUCGCUGUAAUUAAUACAGUGCAGGCUGGCAAGGGAGGAAAGAUUUACCCCAUCCAUCUGUUCUAGUGAUGUACCCCCAAGUGACCAAUAAGGAAUCCUAUUGAAUAGGGGAUGAGAUCUUCUAUAAUGUCACCAGGAAAGAUUGAUAAUAAAUAUAAAAAGGUUUACUAGAUGUCAGAGGUACAAGGUUACAACAAGUAACCCAGCAAGUUUUUCAAACGCAUUCCCUGAUGAUUCAGUAUCUCGUUUUUAACCAGUUACUAAAAUCUUCUUUAGUGCACCAACUAUGAAAAGCUCAACGAACAUUUACGGGUGCCAGGUGGAGCUAUAUGAGUUUCAUGUGUCAUCAAUAAUCGUAAUAUGACAUGUCAAGUACAUAUAAGCAGCAGGGAGAUAUAUAAUGCAAAAAACAAUUGGCACAAAUUGCAACAAAAUUAUAUAUUAUGGAUUAAAGAGAAAAAUAUACCUAGUAUAGUAGUGGUAUAAGAAAGCAUCUAUUCUCUAAAUUACUAAGUUAUGUCUCCUGCAUUCCAUCACCGAUCACAUCCGUCAGCUCAGUAAGAAGGCAUCGGUCUCUAGCAGGUGCGAUCUAACGGAUAAUCUCUCCACUAUUCUCCUGUUAGAGAAAUCGGGCAUAGCAGUUUUACAGUCCAUCUUUAAAAUGAAAUAUUAAACAAACUGUUACUUAAGCAUGGAGAUUGGGAUAACCACCACUGGUGAGAAAAGUGUGGCGGGGGGUGGUGGAGGAGGACAGGCCUUCAGUCUCAGUUUGUUUGCAGCAAUAUCGAUCAGAAUUGGAAACCACUUUCUGGGAGACCAUGGCUUCUCAACCAAAUUAUAGGUCCUACAGUGAGCAGUAGGCCAAAGAGGUUGUAAACGGAGUUCUUAAAGGGUAAAUGUAUUUAUACCAAAGAGCAGUGAGUGAUCAGAGCAGUUGUAAAUAAGCAGGAUGGCUGCCAAUUUUUAGACUCAAGAUCCGAGCUGUGAAAGAUGGCAUCCCGUCAGCCCGAUGGUCCAACCCCCUCCCCACGCUACUGAGUUGUAUUGGCAUAUGCGGUUAUCCAGAAUGUGGAUACUACUUCUUAAUUUAGAUAGCAUGGAGACAUGGCCAGGAUUUUUUUAAGGAUCGUUUAACUAAGCAUUAGAAUGGGGAAAUACUUUGUCUUGGCCAGUUCGAGUAGUUUAUAGCUCCUGGGGUUUUUCAUGCACUACAACUUAUAGUUUAGCGACGAUAGCAUAAUAAACAAAAGGCAUUAUCUGAAAAGCAGUUCUUUCACCUGGAAUAUCUUGCUAUUGUGAGACAUCAGAUGGGCAUAUAUACUGUAUAUAUUUUACUUUACACACAUACUCCAGCAUUUAAAUUUUAUUACUCCAGAAAAUCGUAAAAAUGCAAAAACAUGCCACGGUUACAUAGAUGCAAUUGACAAAUCAGAACUUUUGCAUGGUCUCUGAAGUGCAGUAUGUUGCUUUAACCCUUGACCCUGCAAUCAUUGGUAAUAAUUGAUUGCUUUUUUUUUACACCGUGGAGGACUAAUUGGUUAAUGUGCCAAACUAUGCUGGGAAGACUUGUCUUUUCAUUUAGUCUGACUGGUUAUUUAAUGUUUGGGGGGGAGGAAAAACUGUCAAUUGGCAUCAUAGUACAAAGAUCCUUGUAUUCGUGCUAAUUUUUUUUUUUUUUGUAUUGUGUUUGCAAGCUCUUUUUGCUAGUUUCCAAGUCAAGGUAUUGCCUAUUUAUCUUGUUUUCAGAGAAAGACUCCCGUGUGAUGUAAGAAAUAGCCAGGCUUGACUUUUACAGCCCAUAUAAGAUGUGGCUCAGCUUGUCCUCUUGAUACGCAAUGGCUCUGAUCACACUGCUCUUUAAUCCAGAAAACGAUCCUACACAAGUUGAAGCCAUCUGCUGCUACCCCUCACCCCCCUUCCCUUUUAGCAUUGAUACUUCACUCUUGUUGCCCAAGGGAGCAGUUUGUAAAUUAAUGUGUUAUGGUUGCAGAGGGAGUAAGUUGUCUCUGUGUGUUUUGUUAACUGCUCAUCUCUGGUUUGUGCACAUCAUUUCCCUCCUUCCCUAUGGAACUAGCAAAACCUGAUAUGGGAAGUGGGCUGUUUGUGUUUGAUGCACACCCCCUCCCACGCACAUACACACAACACCACUGCCAUACCUUCCUUGUCAUUGCAUCCUUUAAUCCUUUGCUGGGGCUGUUUUGUGUCCCCCCCUACUUCUGUCAUCUGCUACAGAAAUGCAGGGAUUUGGGCCAGGAGAACGCUUCUCCUGGGGGAUCCAUUGCUCUCCAACUAAUUGAAUUAUGGGUUUGGUGUCCGCAUGGUAGGAAUACAAAUCAAAGCAAAGAGGGAGGGGGAAAGGAGAUGGCCAAUGAUGACAGUAAUGGGGGUAAUGCAAUUCAUUCUAAAACCAAAGAACCAAGCACUACGUACACUGUAUAAGGAGAACGUGGUUUAGGUGGUUUAGUCCACAGGUGUAAGGUAGGCUCCUUUAAAUAGAAUUAGAGUGUUCGUCUUUAAAUGCAGACAUAGUUUUGUCCAAAGUCCAGAAAACUGAUUAUUUUAAGGAUUCUCUAAAACAAAAAUAGGACUUAGACCCAAAAUUGUAAUUUUUAACCUCAUUAGAUGAGUUUUGAGUUGAGGUUGUUUGAAUAUCUAGGCAGAACACAGUGAUUACCCUAUAGUAUUACUAUCACAAAAUAUGUGUUAACGUCUGUUAAAAAGUUAGCCAAAGGGCACUGCAGCUUAAUUUCCUACACAUCUCCAGCCAGUUAUUGGCUAGCUGUCCAGUUGCUGUUUUAGUUGCUCUCUUGUUUGUAAGCCUGUUCCAAUGCCUCCACAUUAUUUCGGAUCUGUCAUAAGGAAAAAUCACCUAAACCUACUUCAGUAAUGCAAUAUUUUGUAUAUUGAUAUCAAAACAAUAUUUUUUUUUUAAUUGAGCAGAAUUAGAACUAUUUAUAAUAUUAUGUCAAAAUGUACAGUGUUCUCAACACAAAAGGUUUAGAAACCAUGUUAAAUUGGUUUUCUGGUUCCUAGAUGUAAGUUAUGCAAUUAAAAAGAGAAAAAUAUCAUAUCUAUAAGCCAGCUUUUUUUUAGAUAAGAAUUUUAGAAUGUUUACCUGAAACUUGUCCAAGUAGCAAUAUCACUCUUGAUCAUAGGGCCAUAAUGUCUGCUUCGUCCUACUUUGCAAGCUGUCCUUGACUAAUCUCCACCCUGGACAGAGCCUGGUGUUUUAGAUCUGGACUGCCAUUAGAGAAUGGGCCAUGAAAUGUUCAUUGAUUCGUUUUAUUCUUCAAUGGCACAAGUGAUCACAGGUCUAAUUGAUAUGCUUCUGUGUGCGUCCCAUCCCAUAGGACGAGCUGAAAGGUUUUGUUCAUUCUUUGUUGGUGUCUCUUUGGCAAUUUAAAUUGGACUUCUCUUUCUCUAAAAUGUAGUGUCUCUCUCAUUUUAAAACCGUGAGAUUUCAUCUAUACGUCGUGUUGGCGGCAAUACUACUAAAUUUAUACAUGCAGUGUAAUAUGCUCUUAACAUUUGCCUGUGGUCACUUUUUGGCCCUAUAUUAAUUUUUGUACAAGAUGUUCCUCUAAGAUGCACAAGCGGUAGAUCUCUCUCUGCUUGUACUAGUGGUUUGGUAUAACCAUCUUCCUAGGUGUCCAUUAACAGAUUAGACUGCAGUAUAUUUACUGGCAUUGAGUGCUUGUGUAGUGAUGUCCUUGGCACGUAAGGAGUUACACGCUGCCCCCUUUUUCUAUGCUCUUUACUUCCAACCUGUAGAUAUGAUUCCAAGAGCUAGUGUAUUGGCAAGCUCCUGGCUUCUAGUAUUCAGGUAUGUAAAUGAGAGAUUUGAGCAGACGUACAUUUGCAUAAAAUAAGAGCACCAUUUAGUAACAUCUGUCACAAGGGAUGUCUGUAGAGACUGCGCAGCUUUUAUUGUUUUUUUUUUUUUGUUUUGUUUUUUUUCUCCCUCUCUCUCUCUCUGUUUCCAGUCAACACAUCCCCUUCCUGUCAUCCAAACAAGGAUAUUCUAUGGUAGGCAUAAAGAAACCAGUCCAUCACUGCAACUCACAUUUUAAAGGAAUCCUUUAUUUGUGCUACAUCCCUUGUUGUCAGUAUGUCCUACACAGAUGUGCUUUGGCUGCUGUGAAUCCUCCAAUUUUAAACACCUUACAAACUGCUUGACAAAAACCAGUGGGACAGCACGCAGAGCCUCCUUGCACCCUCACCACUACAACCAAAUGUCCCUUUACACGGACAAAUUCAUGGACUGGUGAUUGGUUAUGUGGUUUGAUAAGCUAGUUCUUGCAAUAGGAGUAUAGAAAUUUUUUUAAAUAAUUGAUGUCCAGCAACAUCAAAUAUAAUGGCGGUAUUUGCUUCUUUAAAAGCCCACUCUGAUUGCUAACACAUAUACUAGAGGUAAAAAAAUAAAUAAAAAGUCCUGUGUGUGCUGACGUGUUCUUGUUUGCUGUCAUAUUCUUGGCUAGUGCUUGUUCACCUGACUAGGCUGCUUUUUAUGUCCCGUUUACUGGGAAUUUACAGCCCUGCAUCUUUAUUUAUUGCACCGUCGUCCUGCUGCAGAUGGACACUUGAAAUAUGGCGCUAGCUGUUAUUGUUAAUGCGUGGUGCGUCUUCUUAAACAUUGAACUAGUCAAGUUUCUAACUUGAGGAAGGAAGCUGAUUUUUUUUUUUAGAGCGAUCGGUACCUGUGUCAUACUUAGCUAGCCAACAUAAAAACCUAAUUCAAUAAAAACAAUGUAACACCAGAAAGUGGCAGUCGAUGCUUUUCUUUCGGAAUGUUAUUUACCUACGUUUGUUUUAGCAGAAAAUGCAUUCCAAAAAGAGAAUUCGUCUUCUUAUAUAAAUGGAAAAAGUAUUUUUUUUUUUGUUUUGUUUGUUUUUUAAGUUGCUAGUGUUUAGCCUUUUUGUAAUUUUUCUUCUUGUUAAAUGUAUCUUUAGAAACUGUUAUUUUUCUUUUCUAUUCUAUUCUUGCUUUCUUUUUUUCCCCUUUCUGGACUAUUGUACGUCUACAAAACUCCACUCUUGCCUUUGGGGUUUUUUGUGUGCGUUUGCUUUCAGGUAGAUAAUGCUAGUAAUUGUUCAUUUGCCAGUCCAGAGAUUAUUUUUCCUCUUUUCCGUCCUGCGUCUUAGCUACCAGGAUGCAUACUAUGCCACCAAAGAGGUGGAAUACAUUAAUAGGGAGUAGUAAUCCUGCAAAUCAGGUCAAGAUGGCUGCCCCCAGUAAGGUAAGCAUUUGGGAAGGCAUCAGUCCUCAUUUAUUGGGCUGGAUCUGUAUUUGUUUCAAGUAAACAUGAGGUUUUACCUUAUUCUAUGUUCUACUCGUCACUUGGUUUGAUCCUGCAUUAUGCAUAAGAAGGAUUUUGUUUUAGUUAAAUCAUGUUCGCUGCCUCCUCAUUGUGUAUCUGAUGAAAUCAAUUUCAAGCACUCCUAUUUUCUACUAAGUUCUGAACAAAAAGAUACAAGACAUAUAUAUAUAUAUAUAUAUAUAUAUAUAUAUAUAUAUAUAUAUAUAUAUCUCAAAAUAAUGUUAUUUUAUUGUUUCAUGUAUUAUGUUAGGCAGCGAGAAUCAAUUGCAACCUUGUUUAGCACUGUUGCCAUGAGUUGUGGCUACUACCCGAAUUACCUAUUUAAAUACAUUUAAAAUGUAACUAAUCAUCUCUGCAUUGCUACUUGCUGCAGCUUGGAGGUUUAAAUGUGGCAUAGUCCUUUAAAAAUAUGUUGGACAAUCAAGAUCUGUUUAUAUGUACUCACUGUGAAAUAGGCCUAGUUUUAAAGUAUUAUGUUUAACAAAAAAAAAUAUAUAUAUAUAAAUAUAUAUAUAUAUUUGUGUUCGGGGCAAAUAGCCGUAUAUGGAGUAAGGUUCCAGCAUAAGCGUAGGAUAGUAUAAAGGGAGCAAGUCGGUUGUGGUGUGCCGAGACCGACGAUACGGUAGGCCUGUAAAUAAAGAGGGCCCACCAAGGAGUAAGUAAGUAAAGUAAAUGGAAAGAAAAGAGAAAGUGUUGAAAUGAGGAGUGGGUGGGAGGGUCAUUCUGAUGCUGACCUCAAGCGAUAUGAGUCAGGUAAGGGGUGUCCCUUAUAUAGGGGAGUGAAUUAAUUUAAGCCCCUCCCACAAAUACAGGCCAAAUGGCCUUAAAACUUGUGUUCGGGGCAAAUAGCCGUAUAUGGAGUAAGGUUCCAGCAUAAGCGUAGGAUAGUAUAAAGGGAGCAAGUCGGUUGUGGUGUGCCGAGACCGACGAUACGGUAGGCCUGUAAAUAAAGAGGGCAAAAAGAAUAAUCAAAGAUUUAAUACAGUCAACAAUAUAUACAAAUUAACCAGACAUUUCCUUAAAUGCAUUACGGUAUUUAAUUCCUUGAAGGAUUUUUGAAGGUAGGAAUCUAGGACCGCAACUGGACACCAUUUGUUGUGGGUAGGAUAGUAUGUUAUCUCUACUGUUGGUGCGUGUUGACUCGUUUCGGAAUGUGGUAGAGCCAAUAGGUAAUGAUAUAUGUGUUUACACACGUGGGAUCGUUGAAGACAAUGAUCUGUCUGAGUGGUGGUUAUGGUAGUGGAUUCUCUGGCCUGAGAAAGGCAUAAAAGGCAGUGUGCAUGGCUGGUAAUGGCCAACUUGGUAGUAUAAUUGAAAGGUUGUAGCUCUAAUAGGUCCGAUAAGGAUGGAAAAGUUGGAUGGCUAUUGGUAAUAUCUGAGAGGAACGUGGGGGGAUGGAUUCCUGAAAACCUCUGAGUAUAUUCUUGUCUGGUAUGAUAGCAUGAAGUUAUGGUAGUUUUGGCCAUAGGUUAUCCUGUGUUGUUGAAUGCCUGUAAAAUAUAUAAUUAAUGGUGUGUGAGAUGGUUUUAGUUUAAGGUGGCAAAAAAUGAAGCAAAACCUAGGAGAAAUGUUAUGACACAGGUUGAGCUAUGUCGUGUUCCAAUGAGAUUCUUUAAAGCCAGGUGAAUAGGAGCGUUCUACAAGUAUGGGAUGAAAGUGCUAGGUGGGAUAGUGCAUGCUAUGCUGCAUGAGUAUGUCUAAUCCAUGAUUUUGUCUCUGGAACGAAAGAGUGGCCGUGACUGUAUGGGUGGCUGUAGGAAGCGUAUGAUGAACGUGCCUGGAAUAUAAAUGAGACAAUUGUCAGCAAGGAUGUAUACCACCGCCUGGUACAUGAAAGUAAAAGAAAUGUGGUAAGUGGCCAACCAAGUGAGUUCCCCAGCAAUACCAUGAUCGUAUGGAUGAUGAGUGGCAUUUGUUGAUGAUAUGACAUGUACUUAGUUGUCUGAGUAACAACGGAUUGAUGACCCUGACCAUGAUUUACCCCAUGCCACAGCAGCUGCUUUUAGCGGGAAAGGAUUGCCCAUUUUAUGCCAUGUAAGUGCCAGUUUGUAGGGUAGAUGGUAGCCAUUUACUGUGUUGAUGAUAUUGGUCUUACUUAACGAAGCUUCAACCCCUGCUUGAGUGAUAGCUGUAAAGGUAGAUAAUGGUGUGUAUAGUAAGGAAACUCCUCGGAGGGUAUGAGGGAGUUGAGACUUGGGGUAGCGAAGGUGUGUGGUGCCAAUAAGUCUAUGGUUAGUCUUGUUUAAGGGAAGAUUCCCUUGUGACAAUACCAAUGCGUUUGUGUUUGGUGCCAUGCUGUAAAUGGUGGAGAUUGGAAAACCCAAGUAAAAACCCCUCUGCAAAUCUUGGCUAUGAGUGUGUUUACAGCCGACGGUUCUGUUGUGCUGACUGUAAGUGAGGGCAUGCUAUAUUCCUUGAGAGUUUAUUUAUGAUACCUGUAUGAGAGCCCUUUGAAGCUCCAAAGCCUUAGUAACUCUACUACAAGUCUGGAAGGGUGAUGAGUCAGUAGUGUUGAAAAUGCAUUGGUGUGUACAGAUGGUGAGUACGUUAUUUGUAAGUUGUAUUGGGACACAUGGUUUGUCAUGUGCCCUGAAUGAUUUGAACAUAUAUGCAACAGUCUAUAUGCAAUGCAACUACUAAUACCAAUUGUCUCUGGUAGUUCAGAGGUGCUGGUACCUGGAGCCUGAGAGUGCUCACCCGUUUGUUUGGGAGAAAAUCCCUUCUGUAUGGGUACCUGCACAAAUAAGCAUCUCUACAUAUUCCAAAUGCCAACACAACCAAGGGAUGGUCAGUUCCCGAUUUACCUAGAAUCCCUGGGUCUGACCAUCAUAGAUACAUCAUCAUACAUAUAUAUGCCUUGUUUCCCCAAUGUGCCGGGAUCAUAUGUGCAGGGUUAACGUCUUGUACCAAGUAACCGAGUUUCGGUUGGUGCUGGUUGUACAGUAGCGUGAGGCCCAGCCUUGUGAGGGCUGUGACUGACUCGAAAUUGCCAGUCUGUCGUAAAUUUUUUGGCUCAUGAGUUUAUGAGUGAGGCUAGCAUGGCCUGGGUGUCACCUGAGUUGGUGUUGCUGGGCCUUCCCCUGCCUCCGUGUUGUCCGUUGAUGUAUGGAGGAGUUUGAAUAACUCUGCUUUCCUUGCUGUGGCAGGGUAGGGGAUUUGUCGCCUCCUUAGGUCGGAGCCACAUCUCCUCUGCUUGAAGGUGUAUCACUUCUAGCCGGGGGGGCCAGGAAGAGGUGAUUCUUCACCAUCUUUUUGAGAAAUACUUAAAUAACAAUAAAGAUUGCAAUUAUUAUUUGUACCCAGGGUCUUGUACUGGCUUGCUAGCUAAGCCGUAAGGCGAAACGAUAAGGCUUGGUGUUUUUUGGUGACUGGUGAGGCCCUGCUAGUUGCCAAGUGGCUUGAGAGGCUCUAUCUAUGCUUGGCGCGAGGGGAUUUUUUUGUGGCCACCGAACGUUGUGGCAGGAUGUUGGCCUCUCGGUGACAGUAACCAGAAAAUAGGAGGGGGAGUGACAGGUGAGGCCCUCUCUAUGAUACAAUGCGAGGCGGCUAGCUCACGAGUGGCCCGAGGGGUGUAUGCCUCCGAGUGUGAGGCGGGGUGUUGGCCUCGCGGGACCACUAACCGAAGCGUAAAGCAGAGAAAACAGGGGGUAAUACCUAUUGGGCCAUAGAACCCUAAUUGCCAGUACAUUACUACUAUUCCAGGGAAGGUAAGAGAUGAAGGUGUAUCACUUCUAGCCGUGGUGCUAGGAAGAGGUGAUUCUUUACCAUCUUUUUGAGAAAUACUUAAAUAACAAUAAAGAUUGCAAUUAUAUAUUUGUACCCAGGGGUCUUGUACCAGCUUGCUAGCUAAGCCGUAAGGCGAAACGAUUAGGCUUGGUGUUUUUUGGUGACUGGUGAGGCCCUGCUAGUUGCCAAGUGGCUUGAGAGGCUCUAUCUAUGCUUGGCGCGAGGGGAUUUUGUGUGGCCACCGAACGUUGUGGCAGGAUGUUGGCCUCUCGGUGACAGUAACCAGAAAAUAGGAAGGGGAGUGACAGGUGAGGCCCUCUCUAUGAUACAAUGCGAGGCGGCUAGCUCACGAGUGGCCCGAGGGGUGUAUGCCUCCGAGUGUGAGGCGGGGUGUUGGCCUCGCGGGACCACUAACUGAAGCAUAAUGCAGAGAAAAAAGGGGGUAAUACCUAUUGGGCCCUAGAACCCUAAUUGCCGGUACACUAUUACUAUUCCAGGGAAGGUAAGAGAUGGAUAACUACGUGAGCAGGUGUACGUACCUGGUAGUAUGGUAUUGAACCUGACAAUCCGUAUAGGUUUUUUAGUAGUAACUGUAACCUGAAUGGAUAAAAUCGUAUGGCAUAAGGAAAUAUGGCAUAGACCAAGCUUAUCUUAAAACAUACAGUAUAUGUGAAAGUAAAGUGCCGUGAUAUGUAAAUAUUAAACAUCAUAUCCAUACUGGUUAAAUAUGUAUCAAUCUUAACCCAUUAAGUGCCGUAUGUAUGUGAACCAUAUUACCAGUUACGUAUAUACAGAUGCGUGUGCUACUGUGUAAUAAUAUGUGUAUUUAUAACAGAUAUUGAUAUACUGCUUGCUAUGUGAAUUGUUGUAUGCCUUAUUGAAUGGCAAGUGAACAUGGAGUUGCAAAAUGCAAGUGCACUGGAGAUCUGCCGAGUGCCCUAUAGGUGGCAGUGUAGUUGGAUACUGAUUGGUAUGUGAAAUGUUGUUUGUCUGUUGACCUAUAGGGGUCAGUGUUUUGGUGUUUGUAAAACCCCAUGAAAAUUGUCAAUGUACUUGACAGACCUGUAGGUGGCAGUGUUGAUAGAACCACUGUUAGUCUUAAUGUGAAAUGUAAAUUAUUGUGAAUUAAACCUGAAGUUGAGCCCGUGUUGGAGUUUAAUUCAUGGUUUAUGGUUAUGUUUAAAACAAUCUUAUGUGUAAUUUAUAUUGGCUGCUAAUUGUAUAUGACAUGUGAAGACAGUUUUGCUGUUGACCAGUAGGGGUCAGAAAUGCUGAUUGUAUGGUAAAAUACCCUUUAACCCCUGAAGGAUACAUGACAUGUGUGACAUCAUUUAUUCCAGAGUUUGGUCCUUAAGGGGUUAAUCCAAAUGCAAGGUUAACGUGAGAUUUUGAGAGUGACCUGUAGGGGUCAGUGUGGUUUAUGUGAAACAUUGUUUGUGAGCUAUGCCCCAGCAUUAUAGUUGUGAAACAAACCGUGCCCGUUUGACAAUAUACAAUAAGUGAACAUAAUAGCUUAAUAACAAUUAUUGUAACAAACCAAAGUUCUGUUCACGGGUUGUAAACACAUGAAACGUGUGUGUAGUACAAUAGUAAAUGCAUGAACUAGUUCCCGUUUGGUAGAAAAUUGCACGAACCGUGAGCCUUGUAUGUCAGGGAAACAAAACGAAACGAGCAGUAGGAUUCGAAAUGCACGCACAGAAUUGCCUAGUAUGUUAAGGCAAUUGAAACAGAAUGUGUUCCCGUUCAGGAGUAUGCUAAUGCUCGAAUUGAGCCAGUGACAGAUAUAAACAAGUGAGUUUAAACGAAUGAUAUGCAUGAACAUGCAAUGGUUUUAGGACAGAUUUAGACAAAAUGCAGCCGUAAAGUGAGGACCUGACCCGUGCAUGGUGCCGUGGGACUGAUGCCUGGCAUAACGGGUAGGUCGACUUACGGUUUGUGAGUCACUUGGACACCAUCCACAGCAAUAGAUUGAAGAAAGAAGGUGGUAGGCCGGAAAAGCCUGUGGCUGAAUUCCUGACACAGCUCAGCUUAGAAAACCUCAUGGAGUAAUCAGGUAAAAUGGCGUCUGGAUGACCCGGAAGUGGAAAUCAUUCUGAUGCUGACCUCAAGCGACAUGAGUCAGGUAAGGGGUGUCCCUUAUAUAGGGGAGUGAAUUAAUUUAAGCCCCUCCCACAAAUACAGGCCAAAUGGCCUUAAAACAUAUGGUUUUUAUGGCAUUAUUCAUCUACCAGAGUAAUAUAGCGUGGUUGUGGAAAAAAGGCCUUCUUCUGGUUCAUAAUGGACAGUACUAAUUGGCUAGACUGCAGUUCUUCCAUAAAGAUUAUGAUUUACAGUACAAUGUAGUGGGACAGUACACAUAGUACUGAAACUAUAUGGAAUCUGUUUCAUGAAAAAGGCUUUAUGUAUCAAGUGCUGCUACUCUAUCUGCGAGGAAAACACAGAUUGCUAUUGUACAAUAAACGGUAUUGUUUUUAUUGAAAAGAGAAACAAAAAGUACUGAUGCAUUAUAUAAACAAAAAUACAUGUUGCUGGCUUAUUUUGCUUUUUUUUUUUUUUAAAUUUUUUUUUUUUUUUUAAUACUUUUAUAAACAUCUUCAAUACGUGACCCAUCUGUGGACAGCUUAAACAUCCUAAUAAUAAUUUCUCCAUAAGCCUUUGCCCUAGUUGUGCUUCUGGCUGUACGUUAUUUGCUACCACCUGUUUUUGUCUACAUAAGAAGACGGGAAGGGACUGCAUUUACUGCAGACACUAACAAGCCUCUUAUAUCUGAUUCUCUAUGUACUAAGUCCUGUCACAGUCAAUUAGUGUCUGACAGAUUUCCAGACAGGGAGCUAGGAGAGCCAGCUUGUUCGUAUAAAACUGAGCAAAGCAAAAAUAUUUUUGGUUGUAGUACUGCCAAGGCACAAACAUAGGUGUGGCAAAUUGCAGGGAUGACCUUAAUGAGUAAAUGAUGGCUGAUAAUGGGGUUCCAUUCUUAAUGAGCCUUUUUUACUAAAUUGUGAAUUGGGUAAGCCAGAUUUAUCAAACUGGGCCAAAAUAGAUAGAAGUAUUUUCCAGGUUAGCUAUAUUCAUAUCUAUGUUUUAUUUAUAACGGUUUUGCAUCCUCUGUUACCAGAUAAUGGCUCUAAAAGUGCUCAAGCCCAUUUUUCAUUAUGUUCUCUUGAAGCAAUUACCAGAUGAACACUUUUUCUUUUUUCUUAUUGCCCAUACUUUGCUAAUUGCAAACAGUUUUUGAUUUGUGUGAGGUAGUUGGAUGGUCAGUGGUCAUUAUAAAGGUAUUGUAGUAUAGCAUGAUCAGUGAAAUCAACUUUUAUUUACAUUUUUUUUUUUUUUAAUUCAGUUGUCACAUUUUUCUUUUAUCCUCCUUCCCCCACCCCCUCCCCCCCCCCGAAUAAAAAAAAAUAAUACACAAACCUUAAUUGUUAGUCCAACCCUAAAAAUUAUAUUUUGUCUAAUAGACAGUACCAUAUGGGGCAUUGCUAGUAGGCCUUCCUCCUGUUUAACUAUAUGAAAAGAAGAUUUUAAAUUUGCCUAACUUCCAGCACCCCAUCCUAACUUCUAGCCCAAUCACAGGCAUCUCAUAGAGAUCCACUGCACAUUCAGGCUUCUACCAUCAUGACCACUUCAAAUUACUAAUUGGUUAUGGUGGUGGGAGUAACUCUUUAAGUAAUAUGCUCUAACAGCCCAUGUCAUGGAGGUAAGCACACAUCAGCUUUUGAUAUAUCUCGAUAUUUCUUAUUUUGAUGUGUUAAGUGUCAACUUCAUUAUGGGAAGUGGUCACAUUCAUAUUGUUCGGGAGUUGGGACAAUAAUAAACCACAAGAACAAAUGUUGAUUGUUUUACAUAUGUCUCUAUAACACAGAGAGAUGACCUGUUUUUAGCAAACACUUCACCAUUCUUUGUCUUUGAAAUUGCAUUAGAGGCUACAGCCUAGAUAUGCAGUUUCCAGUCAGUCUCAGACACCCGGGGUCAUGUAUGCCUUGUUGAAGCAUUCAUUUGUUAGGAUUCUUGGAUUAACGUUGUUGCCUUGCCCUACAAAAUUACAGAUAAUUAUUGUAUCUGCACAUUUGGACAUGCAUACAGGUGUAUUAGUUAUUCACUAACAAUUUGGGAGAAUUCCCAACAAUUCUCAGUUUUGUGAAUAACCCUGACAGUGUUUGCACUUUUUAAUGUCGACAAACCUAGUUUAACAAUGUCUAAGCCGCUCCCGUAGGAACGGAGUUUGAUGUAAUACAUUUGGUUGGCUGUUUGUUUUGUUAAUGCAUAUCACACACACAUGCAUGAAAUAAUAUAUGUAUUUCAUUCGGUAUAAUUUUGGUGUCUGUACACUGAUCAAUAUGAUUUGGGAGAGAGUAAAACAAUCCUCCUUGAUCAUAUUAAAUUUUAAGUGCUCAAGCUGCAUCCAGUCAUUGAUUGCUGAUAAAGAAUCAAUUUGUCUGCUGGUUGUAGGUCAGGUGUAGAAGAAUGCAGGACAUCUGCUGGACAUUAAUACCACUCGGAACCUUGAACAAGUGUCUUAAAAAUAAAUGUACAUUAGACAAUAAGUAGCAUGUCUAGAUAAGCUGAACAAAACAGCGGGGGAUGUCAGAAGCGAUGAGGAUGUACAUAAAAAUCUGCAGAAUUAUCUGUAAACUGAAGAAUGGAGUGACAUAGCCGUGUGACUUGGCCACUAGUAGUUAAUACAUGUAGCAUUUGUAUCGGCUGGUAAGUAAGCCACGUUGGUAACCAUUUUUGCUCCAAAUGAUAAUUUGGUACAGGUUUUUUUCUGAUCUACAGUGACAAAUGGAAUGGAAGGGCUUCCUGUCUUUUCCUAUUUGGUUUGAACUUUUGUGAAUAAUUCACAUUUUGAGGAUAUCUUUACCCAGAUUUAAUUGUUGCACUUGUCCAAUCUAAUGCUUCUAGCAGAGAAGAAUUGGGGACGUGCAUGAACAUUAAAAUAUCACUACUGUCCAAGCAAAUGAUCAAUAUGAGAAGCAUUGAUUGAAGAACCAAGUCAGGAAAGCAGCCACUAGAUGUGUGUUUAACCCUGCAAUUAAAAACGUGCCGUAUCUACCAAACAUCAAUGUUUUACAUUGCAGGACUAAAACUCCUGGACCACUCCCACCUGACCACUUCAUUAAGAUGGAGGUAUCGGGGUGCACAUAGUGGUUCUUUGCCAAAUAAUUCAACAAUGUUAAAACUAGUCCCAGCGAGUUUGGUUGUCUUGUUACUUGGCAUGAUCCCUAAACCAUAGGGAAUUAUUCUAAUUGUUGGAGAUAUGUUGCCCUUAUUUGGUUUUGGUGGCCUUCAAUAAUUUGUAGUGAGAGCUGACCAGACUGAUUAGGAUAUUAUUUGUCUCCAAGCAUCUCCAGACAUUUCUGUUUUUCACAAUUAGAUCUUUAAUCUAUGUACAGCACUACGAAAUCUGAUGUCGCUAUAUAAAUAAUAAUAAUAAUGUAAUUUAGGGAUCGACCGAUUAUUGGUUUUGCCGAUCUUAUCGGCUGAUAUUCAGGGUUUUUAACAUGUCAUGAUUCCCUUUUAUUCCAGAAGUUUGGUCCUUAAGGGGUUAAAAUUAUUGGUAUCGGCCUAUAAUCUUGCCGAUAAUGAGUCCAGCGUGCGCUCAAUCUGUCCUCCUCUCCAAGUCUCUCGAUUAAUGAGCCCUAACCGUCAAAGCGUUCCCCUCAGUUACCGUGGCAAUGCUCUGUGCGGCAAAAUAAGGCGCGCGAAUCACGAGACUGUUCGAGAGGAACUGUAGACCCGGGCCUGAAGUAGUGGUGUCUGACUGCCAUCUAGUCUCCCAUGUUGCUUUUGAGCCAAUUGGUUUGCCACUUUUAUCCUUCUUGUCUGUAAAAGGUAAUUUAUUUUUUUUCUCCAAUAAAUAUAGUUUCUCAGUCAGAGAGGGGGUGGAAGAGGGGUUGGGGGUGGUGGUGUAUAUGGCACCAUAUUAUGAUAAAGCUCUGGGUAUAUAUUGGCACUAUCUUAUAAAUGAUAAUAAAGCCCUUGGUAGUCAGUGAGUGGGGGUGGUGGAUAUGUCACUAUAUGAUUAUAAAGCUCUGGGUAUAUAUUGGCCCUAUGUUAUAAAUUAUAUUAAAUCCCUUGGUAGUCAGUGAGGGGGGGUGGGGGGUGGAUAUGGCACUAUAUGAUAAUAUACCUCUGGGAAUAUAUUGGCACUAUGUUAUAAAUUAUAUUAAAGCCCUUGGUAGUCAGUGGGAGGAUAUGGCACUAUAUGAUAAUAAAGCUCUGGGUAUAUAUUGGCCCUAUGUUAUAAAUUAUAUUAAAGCCCUUGGUAGUCAGUGAGGGGGAGGGAGGGGGUGGAUAUGGCACUAUAUGAUAAAGCUCUGGGUAUAUAUUGGCACUAUGUUAUAAAUUAUAUUAAAGCCCUUGGUAGUCAGUGAGGGGUGGUGGUGGAUAUGACACUAUAUGAUAAUAAAGCUCUGGGUAUAUAUUGCACUAUGUUAUAAAUUAUAUUAAUCCUUUGGUAGUCAGUGGGGGGGGGAGGAUAUGGCACUAUAUGAUAAUAAAGCUCUGGGUAUAUUUGGCACUAUGUUAUAAAUUAUAUUAAAGCCCUUGGUAGUCAGUGAGGGGGUGGAUAUGGCACUAUAUGAUAAAGCUCUGGGUAUAUAUCGGCACUAUGUUAUAAAUUAUAUUAAAGCCCUUGGUAGUCAGUGGGGGGGGUGGAUAUGGCACUAUAUGAUAAUAAAGCUCUGGGUAUAUAUUGGCACUAUGUUAUAAAUUAUAUUAAAUCCCUUGGUAGUCAGUGGGGGUGUGGAUAUGGCACUAUAUGAUAAAGCUCUGGGUAUAUUUGGCACUAUGUUAUAAAUUAUAUUAAAGCACUUGGUAGUAUAUUGGCACUAACACCUUCGGUCACUUACCUGUUCUGGGUCCAGGGCUGACGACACUAAGCGCUGGCUCAGCUCCGCCCAUGCUCCUUCCCCGCAGGGGAGACCUAAUAUGCGUGUGCGGUAAUAGGAUUUCCCCAUAGGAAACGCAUUAUUCAAUGCUUUCCUAUGGGAAUAUCGGUAUCGGUAAGUUAUCGGCUUGAAAGUUCACAGAUUAUCGGUAUCCGCUCAAAAAAAAUCAAUAUUGGUCGAUCCCUAAUGUAAUUUGACAGGUCCACCUGUGCUCCUGUGAGUAGUUAUUGAAAGCCUGCAGUUUUGCAGCUACUUGAGGACAAAUGCAGAGGGAGAGUUGGGUAUUGUCAGUAAUUGUCAUUCUGUUUAUGUUCUUUUAGCAGCCCUUUUCAUGGAAUUCUUUUUCUUUUUCUUUGUUAUACCAGGCACUGGAGGAAAAUGUUGAAGAUGUGAGAACACAAACAUUUGGAGGUCCAGUAGUCAGCUGUCUUUACCAUGCUCAAGAGACUAUUCGGUAAUAAUCGUAAAGAAAUGUAAAGACCUUAGAUGAUCUAACCCAUUUCCAAAUUUGUCUUAUGUGUAUUGUGUUUUCUCUGCAUUUGAUCUCAUCACAGCUUCCUUAUAUAUCAUUUUAUAUAUAUAUUUAUUUUUUUUUUUCCCCAGUUCCUUUAAUUCUCUCCACGUCACAGGUCUCCCACAUUCCACUAUGCCUCUUGCUCUCCUCUAUCCCAUGAGGCUUUGCAGUAAUCUAUCAGAAUUGAAUUAAUCCUACUCACUCGUGCAGCCAUCUGUCCUCUCCUCUCAUCUCAGGCCUGACUAGUUCCACCAACGAUGAUUGAUGGGCUCUGUAAUUGAUUAGUUACUCUGCCAGAUAAAUGGACUGUUUGGGCAUGAAGUAUCACAGGGUCAGUCUGUGUGGUCAGGCAGUUAGACUUUUGCUUUUAAAGAGAUGUGCACCGACUUGCAGAUUCCAUAUCAUCCACAGACAUGGGCACACACAUGUUGGAUUUGUCAUGUGCACAAUUUGAAUCUGUAAUUGAAUUACCUUUGUUCUGUAUUCGGUUAUUUACCUUUCAAAUGCUGAAGUUGUGCAUUAUAGUGUAACGCACAACUUUCGCAUUUGUGCGUUAUACUAUAUGUUAAUAAUUUUGUUUUCUGGUUCCCCAAAACAGUACGAUUCUUCAUUCAAGUGAUCCCUACUGGGUCCAUUUAGACACACUAAUGUGGCUACACAAUAUGAAACGUAACACUACAGCAGGAAAUGCUUCUGUGUUAAUGGUACACUGAGAUAAAGUGAAUCCAAGCCCUUUUAGUCUUGAUUGUUUAUACCAAUUUCUCAUAUUUGCUGCCAACAUUCUGAGUUUUUCCUAAGCUCUAUACGGAAGUUUUCAUAAUGGCUGCCUUGUGUGUGAUCCUGCACAGCAUGUGCAAGCAUCAUAGUGACUUGUUGUGUGCAUAGGGUACACAAGACCUAUGUCACUACUAUUAUACUGAAUAUCUGUAACCGAGAACUUAAAGGAGGGCCUCAGAUUUAACUGCUUUUACCUUGAUCUCAUAAAGUUUAGUAAAACUGGUCUCCACAUCUGAGGCUCACAUUUACUAAAAUAAGAUACGCCAUUAUAAACUCUGAAGCAGACAACUGUAGAAGAAGCAAAGAAAUUUGUGAACCAUACAUACUUUUUUUUCAACUUGGCAAUGAGUGGGCCUCACUAUCCCCUAUGGUAACAUUCCCCCCAAACCUCCUGCAAUGUGUUCAGCACUGAGAUCAUGCAGCCAUAGAGCAGCUCAGCUGGUGUGAAUAAUUGCAUGAGCGCAGGGUAUGUGUGUGCUGCACACCUUGGGGACUCCAGCCCCCCUCUGCCCGUUCUACCCCAUUCUUAUGAAAAUGAUCCCUCUCGCACUGCUGCCUAAUAACACUAAGCAAUUAAAAGCUCAGUGCACAACGGAGGGGUGCGGACGCUGCUCUUAAUGAGCUUUUGCUGCUUUUGCCCCCUGAGUGCCGCAGAGCACCGGCUGAUUAAAGACCAAGAAUAAUUACAGGUGAUGUGACUAGCUCCCAGGAGGAUGACGUUGUGUGAGGGCCACUACUUAACCUUGCCGUUGUCUGCCCGUUUAUUUUCAAACCUAAUCUCUGUCCAAUCCCCUCUUCGUUAAUGUAUAUUUCAUUUACUGUCUUUGAUUGUGAAAUAGAAAUGAUUUACAGUAGAAUGCUUCAUGGAACCUGUGAACGAACGAAAACUGACUUUACAUUUUAUAUGCAUAUCGUUAACAAAUUCUUUUUGUGCAUGUCCUACACAACAAUUUCUCUCUAAAAUUCUGCAAUCUACUUUUCCUUAACUAUGUAUAUAACAUUCUGGGCUUACUGCUAACACUUUUUUUUCCCCUCUUUUUUAUUAGUGAGGAAGAUAAGAACAUAUUUGAUUACUGCAGAGAAAAUGACAUCACACGAGUCUCUCAAGCUUUGGCUACUGGGGCUAUUGACGUUAAUGUAGCAGAUGAGGAGGUGGGUGACUAGGUCUCAUUUCCAUGCCAUGCCGGUCUCUUAACUGCCCAGUAAACUCUCUCUGUUUAUAAGCCUGCAUUUUCUACCCAGUGAAAGUGUUUUUUACAUUCACUUCCCCAUCCUUAAACAUCAUCCCAUCUGGUUUACCAACAAUUUGCAACUCAUUUGAUGGCUCUUGGCAUUACUGUGGUUUUGACUAGUGCAAUAACCGUGCCUAUGAAAAUGCAGCUCAAGGUAACCACAUUUGAUGUAUGUCUUGACAUAUUGGGCAUAUUGUAUUAAAUAAAACUACUAACUUUAAACCUGUCCAUAUUCGGCUUACAACCAGCAUAUUUUUGUUCUAUAUCUUGUUUCUUUGACUUGCCACUUGGACUGCGUGUUCCCGCACUUCUAGAUGCCCCCUCCUCUAUGUCUGUCAGUAUGGCUCGCUCACAGAGUGUAUUAGAAUGGGACUGUAAUUACCAAUUCAUAGUCUAAGACACAGAGAAUAUACUCCUGUACGGAUGGUACACCAUUUUUUUGACAGUCCUAGUAUUACUAAAGGUUUGUGCAAUGCACUCAGCUCCCCAGUAUCUGAUCAUUUUUUCCCCACCUAACCCUUUGCAAUUGAGCAACAUAUCAGGACUCUCGUUUAACAAUGCACUUACCUAACCCUGGUCUUUAGGGGUUAAUACACAGAAGGAUGUAAAGACUGUGCAUUUAAUGAUGCCUGUUGUAGCUGCAUGUUCUUAAAAACGUUUUUCUACAUUACAAUUACAUUUUCCAAAACUAAAUUUUAGUGAGAUCUCUGUCAUAUGCUGUAACGAGUCUAUUAACAUUUUAGUAUUAAAUUUCAUGUAUUUCAGUGAGUCGGUAAUUAGUUGCUGCUUUUUUCCCUACAGUGAUUUUAAAUUUGUACACAUAAUAAAGUGGCUGCAUAAUUCUGCUACCAGUAUGGUAUGGAAGACGUUCACUAAUAUUCUGUGUUCACAGCUGAGUAGAUAGACUUAUAUCCAAGAUAUUGCGUGGCCAAGAUUGUUUAGAGAAGACCAACAAUGUAUAGACCAAGUGAUUUAGGGCAUUAAAGUAUUUAACACCCAGUGAAAUACUUGCUCUGAAAAUCUGGCACGUUGCUCUUGUUGAAUCUAGAAUUGGUGGUCAGGUGCUCCAUAUUUGUUCAAAUUACCAUUUCUUUCAAAGUAGGUGGAUACACAUUCUUAGAAUUAAUCUGCUGUAACCUUCUCUUUUUUUCAUUUGUAGGGACGAAGCCUCCUGCACUGGGCUUGCGAUCGGGGCCUCGGGGAGCUAGUGUCAGUUCUUCUAUUUCAUAAUGCUCACAUUAAUAUGCAGGUAAGAAUCAGGAGAGAAAAUGUGUCUGUGUCCAACAAGAAUCCACUAAAUAUAGUGCAUGAAGGUAUUGGAAAGCUACUUGGGUGUGGAAAGGGAUAUACCUGAUUAGUGAUGUCGCGAACCGUUCGUGGCGAACUCCGGUCAGCUGACACAUCCCUGCCAAUCUCCGGCAGACCCUCCUACUUCCUGGACAGCAUCCAUGUUGAAGGCAGCUUCAACAUGGAUGCUGUCCAGGAGGUGGGAGGGCCUGGGAGGGAGGGUCUGCCGGAGAUUGGCAGGGAUGUGUCUGCUGACCGGAGUUCGCCGCGAACGGUUCGUGACAUCACUAUACCUGAUGCACAGAAGUAAAAAAACACACAGACACACAAACUCAUGUGAAAAAAUGAACAGAACCGGCUUUCAGCAUGACAUACAUAAAAACCAACAGAAUAUUGCCCCAAAAGGAAUGGAGUGGCUUUUUUUUUUUCUUAUAACAUUUUAACAUAUACACCAAAGGAUAACAUAAAUAAGUCAGUAUCUCUGGAUAUACAGUAGUAAUGUAAUGGCAGCAGGCCUCAUGAAAAUAUUUGAAGUACAGUAUACUAAAUAGCCAAGAUAUCGACCAUAAAUUGUACAUCUGCUAUGCAAUCUGAUAAUGCACUGAUUCACUUGUGGAUUCAUAACUAAAAGAUAACUGAAGUUUACAAAAUUUGGUUGGAUAACAGGAACUAAAACAAAAGAAAAAGAUCUAAAGCUAUUUCUAGUUAAAAUAUUUAAACUAUUUUGGCCUUAAAUAAUACAAAUCUUUUUUUCUUUUCUUUUUUUUGUAAAGCACACUGUUAGCAGACUUUUUUUUAAAUAAAAUAACAUUGGUACACGUUUGUUUUAAUUUGUUUUUUUUUUAUCAUUGGUGUACAUACAGUGAGUACAGUGAUAUACUUUUUAUAUAUUAACUGGGGAUGUGGCACAGUGUUCAUAAUACAAUAUCUGGACAUGGCAGCAAUGUGUGAUUUGUAUACCCCAAAGAGGAAAUGUGGUGCUUACUGUCCCUUUAGUUAAAGAUAUUUAUUUAGUAAAAGUGAAUAGAUGUGUAAUUUAGGCCAGAGUUUUGCCAGAAUGAAUUCUCGAUGAAGCCACCAAUUUAAAACACGACCAAAAGAUUUUAUAAACAUAAACAUUUAUUACAUUUUAAUUGUAGAGAGGUGAAAAAUGGAAUUGCCAAAACAGCUGAACUAGAAAGUGUUUCCAGCACUGCUCUAGUCAGUGCUAUGCUUGACUUUUACAGUUUGAUUUUCAAUUUGUCAGAUUUCGCUGUUUAGUGAAUAAACCCUAAUAUGCAUUAGUGUGGAGGAAACCAAAGAGUAGAUGGAAGUUGGGAGGGGGUAGAAGCGCUCAGUGGAAGACAAUCCAGAGAUAAUAAAUAGCAGAGUGAGCGUCUCCAUUGGGACAGAUUCUCACAAACAACAUUAUUAUUGAGCGCUCAAUCCAUUGCCAAAUCCAUCUCAUUACUGACAACAACCUGCAGUUGAGACAUUGAGACGUCCUGUGCACUGAGACCUUCGGUUCUCGGCGCUACUUGCUCCCUUAACAUAUUCAAUGCCAAUCAUAAAAUGAACACUCUGCAGCAAAAUGGGCAUUCAGGCAAAAAAAAAUAUUUUUUUACAAAUCUCCUAGUGUAUGAGAUAAUAGCGCCUUUACCUAAGCAAUAGUGUGCAUGCAUAUAUCUAUCUAUCCAUCUAUCCCGGAAGGCUGCACUCAACAGUUGGGUACAUUGGCGUUGAGGUUGGCUUAUGCAAUGUGUAAUCAAAUACUGUACCACUAAAUCUCCUCAUUAUUUUUGCCAAGGUCAGGUGUUUCUAAUAAAUAUAUAUAUAUAUAUAUAUAUAUAUAUAUAUAUAUAUAUAUAUAUAUAUAUAUAUAUAUAUAUAUAUAUAUAUAUAUAUAUAUAUAUAUAACAUUUGAUGAGCUUUGAAGCUGGUGUUUAGUGAGCGUGCUGGAUUCUGUAUGUUAUAUCUACUGAAUUGUAUUGAAUUAAAAUAUAUUAAUUUUGAAAGUCAGGCUGGAAUAGCCAACCUGUGUCAGUAGAUGCAAUUGCCACUUUUAUGUACUACAGUGAGAAUUUUUCAAAGUGAAUUUUAAAUUUAAGACCAGAUUAGCUGAACUGAAAGCAUAGCGGACUUAGAGAAUUUAGUUUUUCCAGUUUGGCUAUUUUGAUCUUUAAUUUCUCACUUUAGUGAAUAAGCCCCCUCAAUGUUCUGUGAAUAAAACCCCUGUAUGAUUUAAACACUUCAUGAAAGGCCAAACUCAGAUGAAACAUUUGCUGAUUAGUUACAUGAGCAUAUAUAUAUAUUACACAGCUCAUUUACAUACAAGUCAUGCGCACAUUAACCAGGCCCACUGCUCCGAUGAGUUUACAAUCUGUAAAUUGUAGUUCCCAGCCUGUGGGCCCACACUGGAAAAUUGAGCUUCUUCAACCAUCCUAAGCAGGCAAUCAUGAGAGCGGCUAUUCAAAAAAAUGUUUUUUUUUUUUCCAGUGAUGGUCAACCGUUAAAAUGAAUGGGUAAUAUAUGUUUAUAUAUAAGGGGUAUGUAUGCACACCUAUUCCAUUGAUUUGUUCUUUUUUUCCCAAUGAUUCACUCAUCUUUCACACUGCAAGCCAUACACAUCCAUGCUUACACAGGCUUAUAUGCACGUAUCACACUCAUACACUGCUCUGUGUGGAUGGAUAUAUUCACUUUUUAUGUGUGAUUAAACAGCACCAGCAUCUCUGCAUGGACUAUAUCUCUAUUGCCCUCUAUGUAUGAUUUUAUACUGACUUUCAUAGACACAUAAUACACACAGAUCUUGUACAAGCUCAUACACACACACCGAUAGAUAUAAAGCGAGAGAGAGUGAUAUACACACUGCAAUCUGUUCCUAUGUGUACACACAGAUAUAAAGUGAGAGAGAGUGAUAUACACACUGCAAUCUGUUCCUAUGUACACACUCAGAUAGAUAUAAAGAGAGAGAUCGAUCUACACUCUGCAAUCUGCUCCUAUGUACACAGACAGACAUAGAUAUAAAGAGAAAGAUCGAUCUACACACUGCAAUCUGCUCCUACGUACACACACAGAUAGAUAUAAAGAGAGCGAGAGAUCUACACACUGCAGUCUGCCCCUUUGUACACAGACAGAUGCCCACAGCCUCAUGCUCCUGAAUACACACCUUAUAUAAAUAUUAAUGCAUUGUGCUGGCAUUGCAGAGAAAUUCCUGUGCAAUAUACAGGCAGCUUUCUAUAAAGGUUCUCAUAUAGAGGCCUUUUCUCUGUGUAUUUCAUGUAGAUUUACACUAGUAAUUGGUAAGUAUGAUAUAAAAAAGGUCAAGCUAAUUAUAUGUUGACUGAUGUAUGUUGAAAGCUAGCCUGGCAUGAUUCACUAAAUAUUAGGUAAGACCCCCACACAGCCUGGCAUCUGUUCUUAUACAGAUACGUGAUGUCAUAUUAGUCAAGUAAAUUGGUAUUGGCAGUAUGUGAGUGAUGCCACAGGCCGGCUAUCAGUCAGGAUAUAAGUCUGUGUUUCAGAUAGGGUAAUGUCCGGGAGGGGUUCUUGGUAACUGUAAUGAGUGCAGGCAGAGUAAGCUACGAGGUCAGAGCUCCGGCUGUAUCGGAUUCAGAUUCAUAAGUUAAUUGAGGGCAGAAAUCUCCCCCUCCCCACUGCUCUCACCACAGAUCAAUAACCAUAAAUGUCUCUCAGGGACUGCAUGCCACUUCCCAUCUACCUUCACAGCAUGCAGUCAGGCAGAGCUAGACCUACAGGUGGGAGGCCACACUCUCCCUGUAUGAUGAAGCUGUCCUGGCGUGUGCCACGUUUUGGUAAUGUCACCUUCUAUGCGAGCGUGUGUAUAGAAGACUGUGCGUUUACGGUUACUGGAAUUUGUAGUGUGACAUGGUUAAUAGAGGCAGGUUAACCGGUUCAAUGCCUCCGGAAGCACAAGGUGCAAUAAAUUGUACUGCUUGUAUUGGAUCUAUAAAGAUAGCAUGAAAUUGUGUGAAUUAAAGGCACACUGGGGUUGCUGUGUGAUUUGGGUGGGUUGAAGGACACCCUGGGAUUAGUGUGCUUAGGCAUGUUUCCGCUGCCUCUCUGAUUGGCAAGGUUACCGCUGAGAGACUGCAGCGUUCUCAGCUGAUUUGAUUAGACCUCCAGCUUUAUCCCCAGUACUCCCCCCUCCUCCCCUCUUCAGCCAGCACCUCCUGAUCCUUUUAGUACAGACCCUCACUCCAAUAACCAUUGCAGCUCCUUGUGCUUUCCUCCUCUGUGAGCUCUGUUCUGACAUCUCACAGGCAGAUUAGGAAACCCUCUGAGAGGAUUAACAGGCAAUUGCAAAACAGGCACUGUGACACUCCACAAGAGCUUCUUAAAACCAUCAGCACUUCCUUCUUUUUAUUUAUUUUUUAUACAUGCUUAUUAGAGGCAAGUAUCCUGCACAGACAUGACACACGUGACUUUGUAGUUAAACCCCUGUCCCUUUUCUGCUCUUUUAUUGCUGUAGCUUUCUUUUUCCAUGAGCUCUUGAAUGCAUAUUUUGCAUGCAGAUGUGGCAUAUCCUUCAGUUUGAUAGUAAACCAAUGUCUGAAUAAAAUGCAGUAAUGAUGACUUGUGUAUGGCCAUCUAGCUCUUGUGGACUGUUUUUCCGAUGUUCAUCUAGUUGUCCAGUUAGCAGAGCAUCAUGAGAAUAGUGAGUGCCAAAGGUUGAUUACGCACUACAAUACAGUGCAUUACAAUGUGCCCUCUACAAACCAUCAAAGGGACACUGUAGGCACUGUAACUGCUUCAGCUCUGUGAACUGGUUACGGUGUCUGGAAUCCCCUGGCACUGUCCUUCCGUUCAGCGUUAAACAAUAUAUUUGUUUUAAUGCUAAACCGUACCCAGCCCAUCCCCACUGU